CAGCGGGAGCCCCCUUGGCAGAGGCUGGUUGUAAAGGAUCAUAAAGCGGGUGGUGCCGCCCUGGGGCAAAGGUCGCUGAGGCAGGAACUGCACCAGCUCUGGGUGCCAGAGCCACUCGGACCCUCCCGCCAGGCGACGGCCGCCAAGAUGGGGGCUUGGGCCCUGCUGUGGCCUCCCCUGCUGCUCGCCGGGCUGCUCGGCCAACCCCCGGGGGCCCUGGCCCAGGCCCAGUACUGCUCUGUGAACCAGACCUACUUCGAAGUUGAGGAGAACACAAAUGUCACCGAGCCCCUGGUGGACAUCCACGUCCCAGGGGGCCUGGAGGUGACCCUCGGACCCUCGUCCACCCCCUUCGCGUUUCGGAUCCUUGGAAACCAGCUGUUUCUCAACGUGACUCCCGAUUACGAGGAGAACUCACUGCUUCAGGCUGAGCUGCGGUGCCAGAGGGGAGGCUUGCUGGUGACCCAGACGAGGGUGAUUGUGUCCGUGCUGGACGUCAAUGACAACCCCCCCGAGUUCCCCUUUACGACCAAGGAGAUGAGUGUGGAGGAGGACACUAAAGUGAACUCCAUCGUCAUCCCCGAGACGGAACUGGAGGCCAAGGACCCAGAUGCCAAUGACAUCUUGUUCUACACCCUCCGGGAGGAGACCACAGGUGCCAGUGACUACUUCUCCCUGGUGGGUGCAAACCGUCCCGCCCUGAGGCUGGACCGGCCCCUGGACUUCGACAAGCGGCCGAAGAUGGCGUUCUGGCUGCUGGUGCGGGACACCCCGGAGGAGAACGUGGAGCCCAGCCACACGGCCACCGCCACGCUGGUGCUCAAUGUGGUGCCCGCCGACCUGCGGCCCCCCUGGUUCCUGCCCUGCAGCUUUUCAGACGGCUACGUCUGCAUCCAAGCCCAGUACCUCGGGGCUGUCCCUACUGGGCACAUACUGCCAUCCCCCCUUGUCCUGCGUCCUGGACCCAUCUAUGCUGAGGAUGGAGACCAUGGCAUCAAACAACGCAUCAUCUACAGCAUCCAGGGUGGAAACGUGAAUGACACGUUCGUCAUCCACCCAGACUCUGGUAACCUCACCAUGGCCAGGAGUGUCCCCAGCCCCAUGACCUUCCUUCUCCUGGUGAAGGGCCAGCAGACUGACCUCGCCCGCUACUCAGUGACCCAGGUCACCGUGAGGGCUGUGGCUGCAGCCGGAAGCCCACCCCACUUCCCCCAGAGCCUGUACCGUGGCACUGUGGCGCUUGGCUCUGCAGCAGGUGUUGUGGUCGAGGACGCAGCUGCCCCCUCUCGGCCUCUGAGGAUCCAGGCUCAGGACCCGGAGUUCCCGGACCUCAACUCGGCUAUCACGUACCGAAUCACCAACCACUCAGACUUCCGGAUGGAGGGAGAGGUUGUGCUGACCGCCACCACACUGCCAAGGGCGGGGACCUUCUAUGCAGAGGUUGAGGCCAACAACACGGUGAGCCUGGGCACUUCGACCACAGUCAUUGAGAUCCAAGUUUCCGAGCAGGAGCCCCCCUCCACAGAUGUCCCCCCCUCCCCGGAGGCCGGAGGAACAACUGGGCCCUGGAGCAGCACCACUUCCAAGGCCCCCAGACCCCCUGGCCCCUCCCAGGGGCCCUCCACAACCAGCUCUGGGGGAGGCACAGGCCCCCACCCACCCUCUGGCACAACUCUGAGGCCACCGACCUCACCCACACCCGGGAGACCCCCAGGUGUAGAAACCAGCACCUCCCACCAACCGGCCACACCCGGUGCGGGCACAGCACAGACCCCAGACCCAGGAACCUCUCAGCCGAUGCCCCCGGGUGUGGGAACCAGCACUUCCCAUCAACCGGCCACACCCGGUGGGGACACAGCACAGACCCCAGACCCAGGAACCUCUCAGCCGAUGCCCCCCGGGGUCAGCAGGAGCACUGCGUCCUCAGGGAUGCCGGGUGACCGACCCUCGGAGGACAAGCGCUUCUCGGUGGUGGACAUGGCCGCCCUGGGUGGGGUGCUGGGCGCGCUGCUGCUGCUGGCUGUCCUCGGCCUCGCCAUCCUAGUCCACAAGCACUAUGGCCCCCGGCUCAAGUGCUGCUCUGGCAAAGACCCGGAGCCUGAGCCCCUCGGCUCUGACAACCCGGCAUUCCAACCUGACCACGAGGCCAACUGGGCACCUGCGCCCAGCCCCACGCACGACCCCAAGCCCUCGGAGACACCACUGAUCCUCACGGAGCCCACGACCCCCAGCCUCAUGCCGCCCGGCCCCUCGCCCUCCAGCCCCGAGGCCCCUGGCCCCUCGCCCCCCGGCUCUGCCCCAGAGUCCCCGGCAGCGGCCCACAGCGGGGGAAGCCCCGUGGCCAUGAGGUCCAUCCUGACCAAGGAGCGACGGCCAGAGGGCGGCUACAAGGCCGUGUGGUUCGGUGAGGACAUCGGGGCGGAGGCGGACGUGGUCGUUCUCAACGCGCCCACCCCAGACGUGGAUGGCGCAGGCGACUCCAGCGGCGGCGAUGAGGACGAGGGCGAGGACGGGGUGUGGGGUGGGGGUCCCCACGAUGCGCCCGGAAACGACUCCACCUACAUCUAACGAGGCCCCUCCCGCCGCCCCAGCCGGGCACUGGAGGUCCCGCUCCCCCAACCCCUGACCCAACGCAGAAUAAAUCGAGGCUCCCGAAAC